AGUCUUCCGGUGCUUGACCCGUGACGUCACAGACCGGUACCCUUCGUCGAACACAAUGACCGAGAGGCGCUUCAAAUCCUAGCAAAUAUCGUUAGCCAUCGGUGACAGAAAUCGUUAAAAGAGUGAUCAUCCACCAUGAGUGGGCCCGUACCCUUCUUGGGGAGUAAAAUCAGCCUUAUAUCUAAAUCUGAGAUCCGAUAUGAAGGGAUUUUGUACACCAUCGACGCUCAGGAGUCGAUUAUUGCGCUGGCGAAGGUCCGGUCCUUUGGCACAGAGGACCGGCCAACGGAGAUGCCAGUUGCUGCCCGGGAUGAAGUGUAUGAAUACAUUAUCUUCAGGGGCACAGACAUCAAAAAGAUAGAAGUCUGUGACACUCCAAAGCAGCCAACUUAUACUACCCCGGGAGCAGUGCCAGCUCCUAUAGGUGCCCCACCCCAAUCUGGUACACAUGCACUCCAUCAAACAGACAUCCUAGUAGGAUCACGUUCAUCCACGCCAACUGCUCGAAAGUCCCCAGUCUCUGAUGCUGGAGUGCAAGUCUCGCCUCCCCCUUCAAGGGAAGAGAAGAAGAAAUCUCCCCAACAACAGAGACAAUCGCAACAGGAAAGUAGACCCCAGCGUAAUGGCAACCAGAGUGGGCAAGGGCGCCGCAGCCAGCAGCAGGCACAACAGCAGCAGCCACCGCAACAGCAGCAACAGUCUCAGCAGAAUCACCACCCUAACCAACAGCAACAGUACCACAAUAAUUACCAGUACCACCAGUACCAAGGCAGAGGUGGAAUGGGACGCGGCCGUGGUAUGAGAAGACCUGGUGGACAGCGAGGCAGAGGGCAGAUUUUCAACCAGGGCAAUAGGCAGCGCCAGAUUCAGGAUCAGCAGUUGUUUGAGAAGGAUUAUGAUUUUGAGCAAGCUAACGAGGAAUUUGAGGAGUUGAAGAAUCAGCUGGCAAAGACGAAGAUUACCGAAAAUGGCGAAAAGAAGGAUGACUCCGGCCAUGAGACUGCUGGUGGAGAGGAUGUUGAAGAUCCAACUUGCUAUGACAAGGCAAAAUCUUUCUUUGACAGGAUUUCUUGUGAAUCUAUUGAGCGUAGUAAAGGAAAGAGCCAACGUCCAGACUGGAGACUUGAACGAAAGAUCAACGUAGAGACCUUUGGUGUAAGUUCAGCCAGGAGAGGAUUUUAUCCCCGUGGAAGAGGUUAUUACCGUGGUGGCUAUUACCGAAACUAUAACUAUAACCAAGGAUACUACAGGGGUGGAGGUGGUGGUGGUAGCUACCGCGGUGGACGAGGAGGCACCAGAGGUAAUGCAAGCAGUGUCAAUGGUAUGUCGCAACGAGGAACUGGCAGCAGCAAUGGUGGUGGAAGCGCAUAUGUGCCAGCUGUCAGGAAUUCUACACCGAACAAGUAGCCUUUCAAAGCUGGAAGUGAAGUCUGCACCAAGAGCAAUGAAACAGGGUUUGCUACAUCUGAAUAAUAGUUAGAUAUACUUAAUAAGGAAUGUGUUGAUUGGAAGAAAAAUUGUGCCUAGUUAAAAGAAAUGAUUUAAGCUUUAAUUGAUAUUGAAGGUUUCCUUAUUGGUGUUUUGAGUCUGUGGAUGAAAUUUGAACUAGGUGUAAUUGUGAAUUAGGAUAUAGAUGGUGCAGCAUAAUUACAGAUGUAGAAUCGACUCAUUCUAACUGUUGUUAGAAUAUAUUUAAUUACAAAUAUUUUGGUUAUGAAGAAAAAUAUUAUGUUCAAGUAUUUGACCUACAGGAAGAGUUUCCUUUUAGAAUUUAGUAAAUGCUGGAAUGUUAUCUGGUUAACAGAUAAACAAAAAAAAAAAAAAAAAUAUUGAGUAAAAGAAAAGGUUUUUGUAGAGAAGAUAUGACCUGUUCAAAUGACGGCUAGAUGUGACUGGAUAGAAAGGCAUGGAAUGACUUAAAGAGCAGAUUCUGUUGGAAUGUUUAAGGAAUGUGGAUUGGAAGAGAUAGGACAAGGGAGUGCAAUGGAUAAGUUAGUGAAUUGAUGGUACAUUGAACAGGAACCUUUUACAGGUGAUAAAGGGUAUUCUUUAAUCCAGCAACAGCAGCAGCAUUUUUGUAGUCUUCUGUAGGUGCAAGGAACUAGGUUGGUCCAUCCAGUGGCCUGUGCCAUAAGGCAGCUGGAAUUUGUCUUGAAAGUUCCUUUUUGUAUGGCAAGAGGUAUAUAUACAUCAAUGAAUUGUACAAAUAUGGUCCUCACAAAACUAUAAACUUGAUUUAAACUCCAAAUAAAGGAACCUGCCAGCUUCUUAAAUACCUUAAUUGGUAUUGGGUGCAAAGAGGGACAGUAUAGAAUAAUGCAAACCAUUUUUCACAUUUGUUGCAAAAAUAUCAGUUUCUUAUAUGAAAGCUCCACGUGUAGAGUUGUUGGAGUUGGACAAAAAUCUUUAUUUUGUUUUAUGUACAUUUUAUUUUUGGGAAGGAGCUGUCCUCUUAACACUUCUGAAUGUAAAGGAUAAUUUAGAAAAGAUUGCCCCAUAUUUUGGCCAGACUUGUAAACACACUCGCCCAAAGAGGCCAGCUCACAAGGUCAUCAAAAAUUCUACAUUUUUGCGUAGAAUAUGAAAGUAGCAGUGUGAAGUCUUAGCUCUGCAUUAAUUUUUGAUGUAAAGAGUGGAGACAAGACCAUUCGGGCUACCAAAAGCCUGCCACAUUACUGCCCCUGCUUGACAUUAUUGGCAGUAUCAGGCAGCAUUGGCUCAGCAUUUGCAGGGGCAGCCAGCCAGUGGAAGCCACCAUCGUCCACCGUAAUGCAUUGUGGAGGUCAUCAUCCACAACGAAAAUGUGCUUUGAACAUCUAUUUUUACAAUAAACAGUAAAGCACAUGUGUGUCUUAUUGAUUAAUCCACUCAGGUGGCAUAUUUUGAAUAUUGUUCAUGGUUUAUUUAUCAGAUGGUUUUCUUUACAAAAAGAAAAGUGCUUACGAAACUAGAAAGUAACGUAUCUUACAAACGUCCUUGUACAUUAUCUACCAGCCUAGAAAAGUAAUUUUGGUUAAAAAAAAAAAAUCUGCAGUUCUAAAUAAUCGUGCUACAAAGAAUGACAAGGCACUUGAGGAAAGCAAGACUCAAUGCCAUUGUGCAAUAAUAUAUUCCUUGUUCUUUAUAAAGUUAUUGUGAAUUAGUUCCUGAAGAGAACCUAAAGUAAAAAAAAAAAAAGUAUGAAGUUUAAUUAGAAAAUUAGUAUCAUUGAACAGCAAGGUGGUAUAGUUGAAUCUACUUAAAUACUUUGACAAGAAUGUCCGCUCGAGGCCUACGACAGGGCGCACUGCGAUGCAAGAAAUCAUUCAAAGUGUAAUGCAAGGUUAUGAGCAAGUGGCCAUUGAAACUUAAAACCAGAAAAUUUUGAGUGGAUACAAGGGAUCGUUUUUUCUUUGAACCCAACUAAGAGGGUUGCUCAACAUUUAGAUGAAACGGGGUCACAGAAAAGUAUCAAUUUGAUAUAUAGCUCCUCAUCGGUCCGCACAGACCAUUACUGCAAAAUUAAGGUUGUACUUAAAUUUAUAUUACCAUGUAGGUGAAGAGCAGUGCUUCUGUAAUUCAGGUACUUAAGGACGAAAUGCACGAAAGAAACCGUGAUAAAUGAAGAUAAGGGGGAAAAACUAAUUACGUGUAGGGAUUUUGGUGCAAAAUUGAAUGGAAUAGAAAUAUAAAAAUAGAUUUUUUAUAAGAAACCGUGUAACAUUUAAGUUAGUAAGCCUGUUACCUUCGUCUUGAUAAAUUGCUCGUUCUAGAUUUAAGACAUUUGAACAAAAGUAACCGGGGUGAAGUGAAUAUUUUAAAAGUACGAACACGAUUGUCAUUCACUCCCCGCUCCUCUUCUCUUUGGGGGGCAUUUCCAAAGCCCCAUCCCCUCCCCCCUCUCCCCCAAUAAGCACCCCUUUAGUAUUUCCCCCCCACUAUCCGUCUUCUCUCUCCCCCGGUUAUACUCCCCUCUCUAGGUAAUCUCCAAUGCAUUGAAUUAACGGUGAACAUGAAACCAAUUUCGAUCCCUUCUUCCCUGGGAGGUAUGAGGUAUAACUACGCUAUCUUCAUGAAAUGUUACUCGUAGAUCGCCUAGAGGUAAUCCGGCCUCCAUUUUAAUCGUUCAGUUGUGGUUGUUUUCAUUGGGGCUUUAGACCUAUCAGCUAUUGUGGUUAUUAAGGUCUUUCUACAGAACAGACGAACUCGCCGCUCUCGGCUGAGAAGACGAGUCCGCUCCAGCCUGAAAGAGGUUGGGCUAUAAGCAAAGGCGCCUUCGCAAAACUCUGAAUUGCUGUGCUCAUUCACCUUAUAAUAAUAAUAAUAGAGUUUCAAUUACAUCUGCACGCAUAACUUCCAACUCUUGAUUCGCACGUUGUCAGGCCACGGCAUUUGCGUGUAACCUUCGUAAAGUCAAUUUUUGAAGUUGAUUAGGCCAAGUGGGUGUAGCAUGGAUAGGGUUGAUGAACUAAUCCAAUUGAAUUGAAGUUUUUUUUUUGUUCCAUGUGAUCUUAUUAAUAUCUGAAAAGUGUAUAUCGUGUGUUGCGCAUGUGUCAGUAUAUGUUUAUGUAUAUAUAUUACGAGGGAGGUUGGUGCGUGCUCGGAUGUGAACACUGCACUAACAGGUAGGUGGAGAUUAUACCAACACGCGUGCAGUGAGAGAGAGAGAGAGAGUGGUGAUUUAACAGCAGCUUUUGAAGGGUGGAAAAAGACAGUGAGUGUCUAUCCGUCUCACUUGCUUUAUGUAGUAUCUCUAUAUAUCUUGACCAUUACAUGAAUGGCAUUUUUAUUAUUAUUAUUAUUGUGAUGAUGAUUAUGAUGGUUGAUAAUCCAAUGUCUCAGUAUGGUGUUAAGUAAUUUUCGUAUGAGCUAGCAACGUAUUUAUAAUAUGACAUUUAACCAAGUAUGAAAGGUAAGCUAGCGAAGUGUUAUAAUCCAGAUAAUUAUUAUUAUUAUUAGAUACUUAAUAUUGAGCCACAUCGGAAACUUUUGUAGCAUAAUGUUCAUGUGAAAUAAAGGGGGGGAAAUAAUUAUUUUGAUACAUGGAAAGCACGGAGGUAAUUAUUCUCAUUUUUAAGUCAUUUAAAAACGUUUCAGGUAAUCUCUAAAUUUAUGAUUUCUCGGUUUUUUGUAAAUCCUUGCGCUUUAUUAAGCUAAAAAAAAAGAAGAGUAAGGAAAAGAAUUUUUUGCAUGAUCAUCAAAGCGCUUGGAUGUUUGUACAAACGAUCUCAAAAAUCAAGAUUGUUUAUUGUCUCGGAUUUUUUAUUGAAUAUUAAAAGAUACUGAAUAAAUUUAUAGAUUUCGCA